GUUUCCCUGAAAAGCCACCAACCAGGGCCCAACUGCCCAUUCUCCCUUCGUGCAGUGAAAGGACAAACAGCUGCUUGGGGUCAUGGCUGUACGGAGGUUUUUUAGAAACAUCUGGAAAAGAUGUUCGGCGCUCUUCUGCUGCAGGAAGAGCGACGUAGAGGACCUUCCUGUGCCUCCUGACAGAACUGACGAGGCACAUGAACAGGCGGACCAGAAGGGAGAAUGGUGGACACAGAUUCGUGUGUCCGAUGGACGCAGGCCUUCCUCCCAAGGGGGUUUGAUGGGUGUUCGUGCCACCGCCCGGAGCCCCAGGAAGGAAGAGGUGAUGCCAGUUCUCAUUUCAGUGAGAAAUGAGAAGAUAGCGAAGUGGAGGCCGCGGCUCUCAACCAUCUGGGAGACCUGCACUGAGUCGGAUCCUUCGGAAGAAUACCGACCAAGAGAGGUGCAGGAGGAAAGCAGUGCCUGCCUAUCAAGAGAGGAAAAGGAAGAGCACUGGAGGCCGCGACUCCCCCCCAGAUCAGAGACCUGCAGAGAAUCGGACGAAGAAGACCAGCCGGCGGAGGAGCAGCUCUCUCCUACUGGGGAGAAGACGCAUACUUCGGAGGAUUCGAUGGAAGUCCUGGUGGGCUCCCGGAACAACAGCCUGGAGGAUUUUGACUCCAUUUCUGCCCUCUUGGAUGAGGAGUCUGAGGGAAGCUGGGAGCAGGCUGCAGAGGCUUCGGAGGCCAGCCUUUCGUCCAGUCCGUGGGAUUCUCCCGAAGAAGGGGAAGCCUCGCUGGACAAUGUCAGCAGCCUGGAGGAGGACUCCCUGGACCUCAGUCUCUAAUUAAAAGAGACGCUUCCCCAGAUGCCUCUCCAGAAGGCAGA